AUGUCCUUGCAGGUCAACUUAUCUAGCAAAGAGAUCGGCGAGGCAUACCAGAAUGUCGUUGCUGGGAGAAACAUAGAUUGGGUAAUAUACACAUACGACAAGGGUGGAAAUGACCUCAAGGUGCAGGCCACCGGGAAUGGUGGGCUCCAGGAAUUAGAGGAGGAAUUCUCAGAUGGACGGAUGCAGUAUGCUUUCGCGCGUGUGAUAGAUCCUAAUAGUAAACUGGCCAAGUUCGUACAAAUCAACUGGUGUGGAGAUGGUGUGCCCGAAGCCAAGAAGGGUCUAUUCCACACUCACUCCAGCGCCGUUGCGAAGUUCCUCCGUGGUUCUCAUGUUGUAAUCAGUGCUCGCAACGAGUCUGAUGUCGCGCCUGCGCUCAUAAUGAAGCGUGUCGAAGCUGCAUCUGGGGCAAAAUAUUCAGCCCACAACGAGCAAGCGCGCAAGUUCGAACCGAUCGCCCCUGUAGGUACGAGCUACACGCCUGUCGGGCGGCCCGACAUCACUGCCAUGCGGAAUGUUCAGCCGCCACCGAGGAAUGUUACUUCAUCCGUGCCUUCAGCACCCAAACCUGUCACGACAUUAUCUAAGCCUGCGAUACCCACUGCACCCCGCCCCGUUGUUGGCGGUACUGCUUCUGUACGACCUGCUGGUACAGGGAAAGCCCCCGUUGAUGCUUGGGAGGGAGAGGCACCUUCUGCAUCGCUGCCUCCACCGCCACCGCCUGCUGCGUCACGUCCACCGGUCGUAACCAGCGCUCCAAGGCCUGCUUUUUCUUCUUACGUUGGCACAACUGCUGCACGCUCUACUCCUGCAGCUCCCGCCACCCCGCCUGCCGUCCCUUCCUCUAGUGUUCCUGUUAAACCUGCAGAAGAAGAUCGUAUUGCGCCAGUAGGUACUGCGUGGACCCCGGUCAAACUGACACCAGGCAGGCUGAAAAAUCCGUUUGCGCAAUUUGAGCAACAACAGCAGCAGCAAGCUCCUCCGCCCCGCGCACCUGCUGCUGGUGGGCCAAAGAAACUCACCUGGAGCGAACGUCAACUUCAAGCGAAGAAACAAGCAGAGGAUGAAGAGCAACGAAGUAAACAGGCUUCGUGGCAAAGUCCCGUAUCUACAGGUUUAAGCAGCGGUUCGACACCAGGAAGGUUUGGCGCCAAAGUUGCCGCUGCCGCUGUAGGUGGUGCAGCUAUUGGUGCGGUCGGGGCUGCAUUAGAAAUUCCAGAGCCUGAACCUCAGCCGCCCCCACCCCCACCGGCUCCCCCUGCAUCGACACGUCCACGAUUUGUGCCGCCCCCGCCUCCCGAGCCAGAACCAGAACUGGAAGUAGAAGAGGAAGAGGCUGCUCCCCCACCACCGCCCCCGCCCCCGCCGCCACCACCACCACCACCACCAGCAUUUGUGCCUGCGCCCAUUGAAUUGGAAGAAGAAGAAGCAGGACCGCCCCCGCCGCCUCCGCCUCCGCCGCCACCUCCGCCACCUGUAGCCCAGAUGCAGGCACUGAGCGUGGAGCCAGAGCCAGAACCAGAACCAGAGCCCGCUCCGGCCGGCCAGGGUAUCUUUGCGGUCGUUUUGUAUGAAUAUGAGGCUACGGAAGAUAACGAAAUGAACUUGGUGGAAGGUGAACUUAUUGAGCAGAUCGAACAGAUUGACGAAGGUUGGUGGAGUGGUGUUAGCCAAGGAGGCGAAAAGAGCGGAUUGUUCCCUGGUGAGUGUUUAUUUUCAAAUUAUGUUGAAAUCGUGGAACAAUCUGAGGAAGAGGCUCCUCCACCUCCACCUCCACCACCGCCACCACCACCGCCACCACCGCCUCCCCCAGCUCCGGCAGCGCCACCCGCUCCCGAACCUGAGCCCGAGGUCUCUGCUGCCGACGAGGGCAUUGUAGCAGUGGCUAUUUACGAUUAUGAAGCCGCCGAGGACAACGAAAUAUCAUUCCUUGAGGGUGAUAGGAUUGUUGAAAUCGAGGCGGUUGGUGAAGGAUGGUGGCAAGGCAAGAAUCCACAUGGCGAAGUCGGAAUGUUCCCCGAAAAUUACGUCGAACUACAAGAAUGA